AUGGCUGACUCGGAUGAUGGAGAGCUCACUUCACUUGAAUCGCUACGGAAGUCCAUCAAACGAGAGGAAGAACGAUUUCGAACCGGAUUAGAAAGUAUUAAACAGAUGCUGCGCGAAGUCGACGAUAUCGAACCAAGUGAAGCCGACGCUUUAAAGAGGCGCUUUGAGGUUUUUGUCAACAACUUUGAGCCGCGCUCGACAAAAAUUAACAUCAAGAAAAAAGCGCAGGCUAAAAAACCGAGCGGAUACCACAACGGGAUGAGCGUAUCGCCAGCUAAUAUGGAAAAUGAAGAGAUUCUUGAAACAACCAUUCCUCCGAGGUCAUUUGUAGAAUCGAUACCGUCGACAAGUCGACAGGAUAACUUAAACUCGGAAGUUUUAUCGACAACCGUGUCUUUGAGGAAAUCUGGUAACCCGAUUUUGCAAGCGGAUACAAGUGAAUCGCAAGAAAACUCGUUUGAGCUGUACACUGAUGACGGCAAUAUAUCAUCAACGUCGAUGGUCAUUGAUCAUGAAAUUGACGACGCGAGCGAUAAUGAAUCGACGGAUAUACAUCGACGGAAUGAAUCAAGUCCCGAAGAAGCUGCUGAAGUAUUCGAGCCGCCAAAUUUAUUGACCCUUCUUGGAUUGCCGCCUACGACCGACCAGCCGAUGCUUGAAGAAAGUACGACAGCCAACGAGAAAAAUAUUACAAAGGCGGAUCGAAAGGAGAGAAGCGUUGGAGCGGGUGACACUGAGAAAUCUGCAUCUACUCCCGAACUUCGAGAUAUUUUUGACUGCGAUUCACCGAUAUUUGCAUGCGCAGAUUUGGAACCGGCAAGCAAAGAAAAAACACCAACUAGUGAUAGUCAAUUUGCCGCAAUGGAGGAAGGUGACCUAUCGGAUGGCUCGCUAGUCGGCGACGAGGAUAUACAGCUUUAUGAAGAAAUUCGAAAUGAAAAGAAAGUUCUCCGUAAUAAGGGCAAGAAGAAGACACCCAAGAAGCAGAAGAAAAAUUUGUCGGAUAGUGAAGAUGAGAUUGAUGCACUACUUGCCGGAACGAAUAAACUUCUAAAGCAGCCCAUUCGAAUCAUCAAAAGAAACAAUGAUGAUGAUGAUGACAAGAGCGAGGAAGUUUCCGAAGAGAACGAAGAAGAAAAAAACGAAGAAAGCUCUAAUGAUGCAGCGCCCGAUAGUGACGCCUCUACCGCAAAACCGGACAAAGAAGCAAGCGCAAAAGCAUCAAAUGGAGAAGAGAAAAAAAAGAAAUCCGGAGGUGGCAAAGGAAUUUCUACUGAAGAAAAGAAAACUAAUGGUAAGAAGACGACCCGCCCAAGUUCGAAUGAUGACCGGAAGAGGGACGACGAGGAUGGCGAAGAUUCGAAUUCGACUGGCGACUCGUCUGUUGAAGGAAGCGACGAAGAAUAUUUGCGUUCUAUUGAUGCUGACUUGCGAAAGAAUCGACGUCUCCUUAAAGCAAUGGAGUCGGAUAACGAGGAAGAUGAUGACAAAAAAGAUCGCCCUAAAAAGAAAGCAGCCGCUGGACAGAAGGCAAAGACUAGAAAUAAGAGGAAGCUCAUCUCGGAUAAUGAGUCUGAUGCCAGUGUUGACAGCAUUUUCGAUGACGAAGCCGAAGAAUCAAAUGACGAAAAGGAAGUGGCGCCCAAGAAAAACAAGAAUCAGAAACAGCGAAAAGGGAAACGAAGAAAGGUCAGGGUUGACUCUGAAGAAUCUGAGGAAAAAGCGGAGGGUGAGGAAGCCACGGAAGUCAAAGAAAAGGAAAAGAAAAAUUUGGCGCGCGGUGGAAAGGCACUAUUGACAAAAGAUAAGCUAACGAAGGAAACAAUCAGCGCUGAAAAGGCAGAAAGGGAACGGCGCAAACGACUUGAACAGAAGCAGAAGGAGUUCAAUGGAAUUGAGUUGGCUGAAGAAGAGGACUUGGCUGCUGCACUCACUGGAUCUCAAAAAUCGAUCAAGCUCAAGCAUCGACGAGAAGAACCUUCGGUAAUGAUUGUUGGCUAUGAUAUGUUCCGAAUUCUCACCACUUCAGAAGAUGAUAAAGGUGGAAAAAGGAAACCGGUUGCCAAGCCCAAGAAGACGAAUAGGAAAUUUGCUAAAUUACAAGAGGACUUCCGCUAUUACUUACAAGAUCCAGGUCCGGAUUUGAUCGUUUGCGAUGAGGCACAUAAGUUAAAAAAUGACGAAUCGGCUCUCAGUAAAACGAUGCGAAAGAUUCGAACGCGACGCCGCAUUUGUCUAACUGGAACGCCACUUCAAAACAACUUGAUUGAAUAUCACUGUAUGGUUAAUUUUGUGAAACCUGGACUCUUGGGAACAAAAGCAGAGUUUGCAAAUCGAUUUGCUAAUCCGAUCAAUAGGGGCCGUACAAAAGAUGCUACGUCGGGUGAGGUUCGUUUUAUGAAACGUCGUUGCCAUGUGCUAUUCGAGCACCUGAAGAAAUGUGUUGACCGAAAGGACUACACCGUUUUGAAAGAGGCAAUCCCACCAAAACAGGAAUAUGUGCUGAACGUGCGAUUAACGGAACGUCAAUGCGACCUCUAUCGGGCCUUUUUGGAGAACGUUGGAGAUACGGACUUCGAGCGACUUCGCCGCUUAUUACCAGACUACCAUGUGUUAUCGAGAAUUUGGACACAUCCUUACCAAUUGCUGGUUCACGAGGCCGAAAUGGAACGUCGAAGAAUCCUUCGCGAUGAGUCAGAGGAAAACGAUCGCUUCGUUGAUGAUCGAUCCGAAGGUGAACUAACGGAGAAUUCGGGAAGUGGAGCGGACAGUGACGUUAUUUGUGAGGAUGAUGAACCGGGGCCAUCAAAUGCAAGACCAACACGUUCAAGUCGUCGUCUAGCGGGAGAAGAAGUAGAAGUGAAUCCUUUGCGGGAUGGCACUCCGCCAGAGUAUUCUGGGUGGUUCUCCAAACUGGAUCUCGUUUCUGAAGAUGACAAAGAAAAGUUUGAUCUCUCUAAUAAGCUCAUCUUGUUGGUUAAAAUCAUCAAGAAAUGCGAAGAGAUUGGUGACAAAUUACUCGUGUUCUCACAGUCACUGGAAUCUUUGGCGCUAAUCAAAAGGAUGUUGAUGCACUUUGAUUCAACGAAAACAUGGUUUACCGAUGGACAUGAAGCACUAAAUGGAAAUGAAAGAUGGGGAUGGCAGGAAGGCUACGAUUAUAUGACGAUCGAUGGCUCCGUUCAAGCAGGGAAACGUGACUCGGUACAAACGGCUUUCAACAAUCCCAGAAACCUGCGAGCAAGAUUGAUGCUCAUCUCAACAAAAGCGGGUUCACUUGGGACAAACAUGGUCGCUGCAAAUCGAGGAACUAUGGAGGAGCGGAUCUACAAACGCCAGGUUAUCAAAGAGUCGACGUCAAUGCGGGUCGUUGACGAGGCACAAAUUGAGCGGCACUAUGAAGGACACGAUCUUGCUGAGCUCUACAAUUUCGAUCCAAAAUCCUUGACGGAGAAUGGAAACCAACGUCCAGCCUAUGCUCCUCCGAAAGAUCUUCUAUUGGCUGAUGUCCUCCACAAUCAACCGGAUACGAUCACGGACUUUUUCCAACAUGACACAUUGUUUGCUAAUGUCGACAAUGAGAAAUUAACAGAUGAAGAAUGUCGCGAAGCUUGGGAGGAUUACGAACAAGAAAAGAAGGGUAUUCGAGCGAACACUUUGGCCGGAACGAAUCAAUGGAAUGCUGGACGCGGUGCGAAUCCUCUUCAGGGUCUCUCCAAUGAGCAGCGAGCAAUACUAGAAAGACAACAAGUUCGAAUACCAUCAGCAAUGGCCACUAUCCAGUCGGACCCGAUUUUCCUGAAUUGCUUCUUGAUCAAAAACAUGGAGAAUGACACAGCUGUGAAGAUUACUUACAUCAAACGAGUGCUUGAGGAAUUGUUGCCGAAGAUUCCAAUGCAUAUGCGAGGAGGAAUCACCGAGUUUACCGGGUACUUCCAUACUCUUAUCAACGAAGUGCGACAGAACAAUCAAAAACCGGCUUAUCUUCAACAACGAGCAAUUUCUGUUUUCCGAACAGUUGUGAAAAUGACAAAGGACGUUCUGGAGUGUAAAACAAUUUUGCGACAAAUCUACAAUUCGACACCGAUGUUCUUCGACCCACUCGAGCCACCACCA